CAAUCACAAACACGGGCUCAAAUCCAACCUCUACAAUCCCAACCCGUUGCUGAGAACGAAGGAUGGGUCGUCUUCUCAGACGCAGGCUCGGCCACCGAUGGUACAUACCUAGCAUCCACGGGAUGCACGCCCAGGGCGGGCCGCUCACACAUCAGCGACUUCGGGAGUGCCCAGUCAGCAGCUAGAUCUUACGCAUUUGACGAGGAGUCGGAACACGCUGAGGGGGCACUCGACGACGACGAAGAUGGAGAGGAUGGCGAGUUGGAUAGUCUAGACUCGCAUCUGCAUGCAUUCCGCACGGUGCCGAGUGUGUAUGGAGCGGCCAGAGAGGCGGAAUUGGAGACGAGUGGUGCCACUGUGUUGCCAACCCACGAUGGGCUGGGAAGCUUUAGGAUCGAUGGGAUGAUGACAGGGGAGGUCGUACAGGACCAUCUGUACUCAUUUGAAAGAUUUAAUCCGAGACGGGUGAAGAGGAGACGACAGAUGGAUGGAGCUGCAGAGGAUGAGCAGAGUGAGAGGGCGCUGGGAGUGGAGAGGACUCGGCGGAUUGAGGCUUGGAGAAUGGAGCAGAGUCGAUUGCUCGUGGAUGAGAUUCAGAGGGAGACGAGACGGAGGCAGAGCAUGACCAGUGAGAGGCGGAGUUCGGUUGAGGAGAGGGAGCAGGAGGACGAUGCAACUUUGAGUAACGUCGAGGGCCCUGACGCAGACGAGGUCCCAAGUGAGGACAAUGAGAGUUUCUGGGAUAGGAUCACGAAGAAAGUCAUACGCGGGCUGCUAGGUGUUGACGACGAUCUACUGUCCAUUAUCCUCGGCGAGAGUCUCCCAGAAGAUAAAGACCCUUCCAAGACCCCGACGACAAGUCCGCCGUUCAACACCGCAGAUGGUCUCAUUGCAAGCAGCCAAGACGACCAAUCAUCCUGGGAAUACCGACUCCUCGAGCGGAUAGCCCGUGAGCUCGGGAUUCUCGUUAACCAACUGACAGAUCAUCCAGGAGCUUUCACUACCUAUCUUCAUACCCAGACUAAGCCUCUCCCCUAUGCUGGUCUUCCUGUCAUACCGGAAACUGCACGGGAUGAACCCCCUCCCUCCCACACUGAUCCAUUAAUACCCGCCUCUUCCCCCUCCGUGGAAUUCCAACCCACCCUCCAACACACCACUCAGCCGAUCUCCAUCCCCCAGGGCAGCACCUCCCUCUCCGAACGCCUCCUCUCACCAGAAGACGCCACACCGCGGGCCACGCAUGUGCUCUCACGCGAAGAGUGGGAAGCCGACCUCGACAUCAAAAUGGUCUUCCGCUACCUCCGCUCCCGCUUCGUCUCCAAAUUCGUCUCCCCCCCUCCGCCCUCCGACUUCCACACACAUGCCAGCCCUCACCUCGCAACCUCCCACACCGCCGACGCAGCAGCUCGAGCAGCUCGAGUCAGACAGCACCACCCUCUCGUGCGGCCGUAUGACCGCGAGCGGGAACGAACGCGAGUGAGCACCUGGCGCGCCACCAUCCCCAGCACCGGCGGGGGCAUCUCCCGUGAGGGUACGCACCGUCGGCGGAGCAGCUCGAGUUGUGCGAGCGAGAGCCGCAUGAGCGCGAGCGCCCUGGGCAAGAUGAGCGGUAGCUCGCGGCACUACUGGGAUUUCGGCCCCGGCAGUGUGGGCAGUGGCGGGAGCCUGCUCGCCAGCACCGGGGCGAUGGGAAGUUGGGGAGAGGUGUGA